AUGGAAUGCUUGCCCUUUCAAGAAGCUACAAUGCAAUGCCCAAUCAGCUCCUUCUCUCCAGCAAACACAUUUCUAAUUAUAGAAACAUUUUUACUCUCUGUAUGCCUUCUUCAACCACUGCAGAAGGGUGGGAUCUACUUCGGUGCCGGUCCUCACAUUGUGCCUCCGGACUACUUUAACCUCCCUGAUAUCUUCUACUACACCAAACUCGUCACUAAUCCGGUGGGCACGUCACUGACUUCAUCGGUCGGCGAUGUCUCCCACAAUUACUUCAUUCCGGUGGAAUCUAUCAAUAUUGAUGCCAUACCCAUCUCAUUGGAUAAAUCCCUGUUGUUAUUCGACGAUAAUGGGGUUGGGGGUACCAAGAUCAGCACAAUGGUACCUUACACAACUUUGCAAUCCUCCAUCUAUAAAGCCCUCAUAAACGCUUAUGUUGAGAAGGCAACGGCGGUAGGGAUAAAGAGAGUGGCGGCAGUGAAGCCUUUUGAAGCGUGUUUCAGUACCUGGCGCAUUGGUGAGGGAGGGGCGGGAUUAAUUGUGCCAACCAUCGAAUUUGAUAUGUGGAACCGGACUUCGACUACCUUAACCAUAAGGUUCUAUGAACCUAACUCGAUGGUAAGAGUUAAGAAGGAUGUGAUAUGUCUUGCUUUUAUGGAUGGAGGACCAAACCCAAGAACUUCAAUCGUCAUAGGUGCGCAUCAGUUGGGAGACACAGUCUUGCAGUUUGAUCUCGUUAAUAUGAAGCUUGGGUACUUCCCUACACUGCGGUUAUUUAACACAAAUUGCUCAAAUAUCAUGCCCAGUUAA